CGUUCUAAGACUAACAUAAAUAUGGAUAGACCUGGUACGAGCCAGCAGUCCGUAGAGAAGAUAGAUAAGGUGGAAAUGUAUGAAUUGAGGGAACAUGUUCCUUACCACCCUGAAGUCACGAGGACCUCCAAAUCGUACGAUGAAGAGAGUGCGGUACAAUAUAAAAGCUCAUGGGAAUCAGCGUGGAUGGCGAUAUGCCAGCUGGUAAAUCUACUUCAUCACAUGCAAGUCGCAAUUGUAGUAUUCUGCAUAUGGAACUUCGCUCUGACGUCAGAGUCAAAUGGAGUGAUCACCAAUUUGCAGCUUCAUAUCGUUUUUGCUGGAACUGGAUAUCAACUAUUCUUAGUAGAAGCAAUCCUAACGAUUCAUCGGCACAACUCGUGGUCCUUCCAACUGUCUGCCGAUGGAAAACGAAUCGUUCAUGGAAGCUUGCAACUUGUUGGUUCAGUAUUCGUCAUAGCUGGAACUUUCCUUGCAUUGGCUGAAACGGAUAUGCAAAUUAAUACUGCUCACGGAAUUUGUGGUGUAAUAGCUCUAGCAUUCUCUAUCAUCAGUUUAAUAUCAGGAAUUGUUGCGCUCUUCUCGUCAAAAGUACGUUUGAUGAUCAAGAGCGGACCAGUCAAAAUCCUGCAUAUCUCCGUUGGUAUAUUUGCAGUCUCCAUGGGCCUUAUUACCCUGGUUAUAGGUUUUAAUACGGAUUUCUUCAGGACAGACAGAGAAGGCCUUGCUACGUGUAUGAUGGUAUUUGUACUGAUGACUCUUAUUUAUAUUAUGAUUCAGCCUAUUAUAGACGUGGUGUCGACUACAAGGAAAACUUUGUGACUAGGUAUAUCUGGGUCAACUGAUGGGCAUAGUAGUGCUUGAGUGUUUAGGUAGUUAGAGGCAAUAAGGCAUGAUCUUCUGGGUUUCAUCCUACUUAUUUCCUUACCUUGACUAAGUAACUAACAUUUGGACUCUGGCACUCGAUGGCUUUCUUUUACAUUUACUUCAUAGUCGCUGUUGUUUCUUAAAGAAUAAAAGUACUUAUUAACGCGUAAUCAGCUUGAGCUAAUCAGAAAAAGUUUUAUGUUCUUGCAAAAGAAAAAGACUCGGAACGCCGCCGAAGCCAAACGCACACCUUUUUCCCUCUUAUUAUAUACACAUAAAACUUUUUCUGAACGACUUACUGUGAUUGCGUGUUAUACUGUGUUGACUCCCUAAGAAAUGAUGUUACCUAUCAUGACCAAGUUGACUAGCCCCAGAACUAAAGAAAAAAAAGGAAUCGGAGUUUAUUUUAUCAUAUUUAUUUAAAUUAUUUCUAAACCGCCAAAAAUAAUAAACAUAUCACAUAGUACAUGGAUAUCGUUGAAUAUGACAAUAAAAAAUAACGACCAGUUAUAUUAACGACCAUUGUCGUAUGGUUGAGUAAGUUUAUUUAGUAAUUAUUUAUUAUAAAACUACAUUUCAUAAGCCACACUCAAUAGUUGACUUUUCAUAAAACUACCAAAUAUGUUAUAUGAACACGCACUCAGUCGCAAAAACAGUCAAAUCUAAUAUUGUUUAAUACAAAACUUGCCCUUCGCCUUUAUUUCAUCGUCUUGUAUUCGACAUUAUGAAUUAAGGAAUUAAUGUUUUAGUAUGUAAAGAUUAAUACCUGUUUUUAUAAUUAAUCUUAUUUUAAUUAUCUACUAAUCAUAUCUUGAAUAAAUAUUUAUGUAAAUGUGGUAUGAAAUUUCCAUUGAUGGUAGGACGUAUUUAGGGCCAGAAAAUAAAGAAAU